CAACUGCAGAAACUUGACAUAUUUACUUCUUGCCUGUCGAAGUGAAAUUUGUGCCAAUGAUUUGGGUUAUUUGCAUCUGGAACUACAAAUCAUUUCCGAAUCAAAAACAACACAAUCCUUCAACAACUUCCCCAAAAGCAUCGGCUUGCCAACCGAUGGGUGCAAGCGCCUGUGCAGAAGCAACCACUUGCAGGGUGGAGAUUCCGACUGAUGCAUGCAGCAGCAGUACAAGCCCACCAGUCGUGCAAGAGUCAACGAUGCUCGCCAGAUGCCGGGACGACAGAGUGGAUGCAGGGACGACAGGCGCUCGCGGUGAGAUUCCCAUUCCGGAAGAUGGUGUACUCGAUUGCUUUUGCGAGCAGGAUCCAGCGCCUGAUGCGCCGUUGAAAGAAUAUACCUUUGUCAUGGACAAGUCAGACAUGCCCAACUCCGUUGCAGAGGAGCAGCGGGGAAAUUUGUCCCAUCGCAGCUGUGCAUCAGAUUUGGAGCGCCGUGCUGAGUUCUACGAUCACAAGGAGAAGGUUGAGCAACGCCGGCGGGAGAGAUCCACCCUCAAUGGGAAGGAUCCGGUGCGAACCAAAGCAGCUCGGGUUUUGGAGCUGCAAGAGCAAUACAGGAGUUUAGGAGUGAACGUGGUUCACAAGUGAGGGCUACUGGGCCAGGUAUGCAUCACCCUGUCUCGAGUCCGGCAAUGGCCGGCACAGAAAAGGG